CACCACUGGGUCACCGCGCGCUUCUUGAGCCCUGCUGGCGUCGAGGCGAGGCGCCGCCAUGGCCAUCUGGGCGUUGAUGUUGGCGCUGCUCGCUGUUGAGCAAGCUCACGGACGAAGACCCGCCCUUCCUGACAUGUCCGUCAAAGACAGCUGUUUCACGGUGCGGCCAGAGGUGGAGCUGUUUCGCAUGGAGAGCGAGGCGGUGGUCUUGUCUUUCCAAACGUUCCGGAGAGCCCUCAAAGUACGUAACAUAGCCCCGCCCAUGUCCACGUACCACAUCGCCAAGGGCAACGCUAGCACUGCCACCUUCUUGGACGGCGAGGGGCGUGUCCAGAGGCACGGCACAGAGCUUUGGCUCCUCCCAGCUCGGGCGGCCGACUCCGGGGAGUAUACGUGCACCUUCAGAAAUGCUAGCUACUGCAUCAGAGGUAGCAUCACGCUGGCGGUGUACACGGCGUCCACCGUGGACAUCAAGAAACUGUCCUAUGAGUACAACGCCACGGCGGGGGAGGACGUCACCCUCAGAUGCCCCUCUUCGUAUCACUUCAACAACCCGGAGCCACAGAUAGAAUGGGAGGCGAACCUUGCUAUUGGACGCCUCCAAGACGCCCAAACAUGGAGAUCCUUCCGUACCGAUGGAAGGAAACUGUUCAUCCCGGCGGUGAAGCCGUCCGAUGCCGGCGUCUACACGUGUCGCCUGGACGUGCUCGUUGACGACAGGAAGUACCCCAUCAGCAGGGUCAUUCAGCUUUUGGUGGAAGGUCCAGACCCGGUUCCAACCCACACCGAGGUGGACCUGACUUCUGAAGUGACCUCUGACCCCAGGCACAUCCGAAGCAGUGUUGCUCCCACCCUCACACAUACGCCGCCGUUGAUCAUCUCCCCGUCCAACGGAACCAUCUUCGAGGCGGCGCAUGGUUCCGCCCUGGAAGUGGUCUGCAAGGUUCUGACAGCUUGUGACUUUGUGAGUUCCACCGCCGUCUCCUGGUUGGUCAACGGCCUGACGGUGGAGUCGUCCUACCUGGAUGGGCGUGCCCUGCAGGGUGGGAGGAGGGAAAGCAGGACGGCGUGGGGGUGCCAGGUGGAGUUGAGGCUCAUCGUCAUGGCGAUGACGGAGGAGGAUGCUGAGGCAGAGCUCCGCUGCGUGGCUAACAACCAAGGAGGCAGACAGGAAGUUGUCAUCCACGUUGGGCUGGAAGACUCCAAGUUCACUUGGAUCGUGGUCUCCGCCGUGGCUACAUCCUGUUUCCUGGCGGUGGUCUGCGUCUUCCUCUACGUUCUUUUGAGGCCCAAACAGAAUAAGAAGAAACUGGACUACUUCCUGGCCCGGCAGAACAGUACCUUCUACAGUACCGAGGACUGAUUAUCUUCAUAGUCGCUUUUGUGCUUGAAGAACUGGGCGGUCCGCCACCAGGCAAUACUCCAUGUGGCCACUAGAGGGCAGCAGAGGAAACAGUUUUCCUCGCCCAGCUUGGAAAGCUUUAGACAAAAUGAACAUGUCUAUAAAGCAAAGACGAACGGAGGAACCAUCUUGUACUA